CAACCUCACGUUACGAAUCCUCUCUGUAUCGCCCCCCCCCCCUCGCUGUGAACCGUACACGUGUAACUUUCUAUUUCCAGGAAUCUUUUACUUUCCGUUUAAUCUCUCUCCGUCGCCGUGAAUCAUUUCUCGAAUCCCCCUUUUAAAGCUCUCUCUCUCCGUCGUACGUUAACCAUUACAUCGUGUGUUUAGCUUCGGAGCUUCUGCAAUCUAGCCUCCGGAUUUUGUAAUCGCUGCUAAGAUCACGCUUAAGCGCUUUCAGGAGUUGUUUUGGCAUGGAGGGUCCAGAAAGAUAAGAGAUAUUUAAUUCGCUCUUUUUAAAUAGUGGAAGAAAGAAGAUGACAAUGCUGCUGGCUUCUCAUUUCACCUCCUUAACAUCUAAGAUGCUGUCCGUGUCCACCUCUGAUCACGCCUCUGUUGUUUCGUUGAAUCUCUUCGUUGCGCUUCUCUGCGCUUGUAUUGUCAUUGGCCAUCUUCUGGAGGAGCAUCGAUGGAUCAACGAGUCCAUCACCGCUUUAUUGAUUGGGCUUGCCACUGGGGUCGUUAUUUUGUUGAUUAGUAGAGGGAAAAACUCACAUCUAUUGGUCUUCAGUGAAGAUCUUUUCUUUAUAUAUCUUCUCCCACCCAUUAUAUUCAACGCAGGGUUCCAAGUUAAAAAGAAGCAGUUUUUCCGCAAUUUUGUGACUAUUAUGGCUUUUGGCGCCAUUGGGACUAUAAUCUCUUGCACUGUAAUAUCUCUAGGUGCAAUUCAUUUCUUUAAGAAACUAGACAUUGCGACCUUUGACUUGGGAGAUAUCCUUGCAAUCGGCGCCAUAUUUGCUGCAACAGACUCUGUUUGCACGCUGCAGGUUCUCAAUCAAGAUGAGACGCCUUUGCUUUACAGUCUUGUAUUCGGAGAGGGCGUUGUGAAUGAUGCCACGUCAGUUGUGCUCUUCAAUGCGAUCCAGAGCUUUGACCUCACCCACCUUAACCAUGAAGCAGCUUUUCAUUUUCUUGGAAACUUCUUGUAUCUGUUUCUCUUGAGCACCGUGCUUGGUGUAGCAACUGGUCUGAUAAGUGCUUAUGUCAUCAAGAAGCUUUAUUUUGGAAGGCACUCGACUGAUCGAGAGGUUGCGCUCAUGAUGCUUAUGGCUUAUCUUUCAUACAUGCUUGCUGAGCUAUUCGCCUUGAGUGGUAUCCUCACAGUAUUUUUCUGUGGUAUUGUGAUGUCCCAUUACACCUGGCAUAACGUAACCGAGAGCUCAAGAGUAACUACCAAGCAUACCUUUGCUACUUUGUCGUUUCUAGCCGAGACUUUUAUUUUCCUUUACGUCGGUAUGGAUGCGUUGGACAUCGAGAAGUGGAGAUUCGUGAGUGACAGCCCGGGGACAUCGGUUGCAGUGAGCUCAAUUCUGAUGGGUUUAGUCAUGCUUGGAAGAGCAGCUUUCGUGUUUCCUCUUUCCUUCUUAUCAAACUUGUCCAAGAAAAAUCAGAGCGAGAAGAUCGAUAUCAAGCAGCAAGUUGUGAUUUGGUGGGCUGGUCUGAUGAGAGGUGCUGUAUCCAUGGCUCUUGCCUACAAUAAGUUUACAAGAUCAGGACACACUGAAUUGCGCGGGAACGCCAUCAUGAUUACGAGUACUAUAACCGUUUGUCUUUUCAGCACCAUGGUGUUUGGUAUGUUGACCAAACCGCUCAUUAGACACCUGAUGCCACAUCAGAGUACGACCACCAGCAUGUUAUCCGACGACAACACUCCGAAGUCUAUGCACAUGCCGCUCCUCGAUGGCGAACAGCAAGAUUCAUUCGUGGAGUUCUCUGGGAGCCACCACGACGUGCCGCGACCAGACAGCCUUAGGGGCUUCCUGAUGCGUCCGGCACGCACUGUGCACCACUACUGGAGACAGUUUGAUGAUGCAUUCAUGCGUCCUGUCUUUGGUGGUCGCGGUUUUGUUCCUUUUGUCCCUGGCUCUCCGAUAGACAGAAGCACACAUGAUCUCAGUAAACCUUGAGAAGAGAUUAUAGAAACUUGUAAGAAAACCAAAAAACUUCAUCUUCCUUCUUAUAUACUCACUCACUACUGGUGAUGUAAAGUUUUUCUUUUUCCUCUUUUUGUUCUUCAAAUUUAUAACUUUUGUGUAAAUUUAUUUCACUAUUAUUAUUACGACUAUCAUUAUUAGUGGAUGAAGAUGAAGCUUCUUUCAUUUUGA